ACAUGGAAAACGCUGCCUCUACUUCUGGAUCCAACUUCAUCGACUUUGGUAUGGAUGAGACUGAAUGGGACACAUUGAUGGCAAGUGUUCCCACAUCCAUGUUGGAGCCCGCUGUUGUUAUGCCUCCUCCUGGAUUUGCACCAAUUGCCGGACCCAGUGGAGUCUCGCAACCUGCAUCUCCUAGGAUUAGCCAAUUCAAUACUUUGGCCCCGGAUGUUUCGGUUGUUGUGCCCUCUUCGGAUGUCCCCUCCGCAUCGAAGACUGCUCAUGCCUGUUCAACUUGCAAUAAAGUCUUCGCAUCAAAGCCUAAUUUGACUAGGCAUUUGAAAACUCACAUGGCUGUGAAGCCCUUCGCUUGUGAGGAAUGUGGCAAAGGAUUCGCCCGCAAAGAACAUUUGACUCGCCAUAUGCUGAUGCAUGCUCCUGCGACUGUUCCGAUCACUCAUCAAUGCAAGGACUGUGAUAUGACCUUCACGAGACUGGACAAUUUGAGGAGACACGAGCGUGCGACUCAUGGAGAGCCUAUUCACAAAUGCUCUCAGUGUGAUCAAGCAUUUAGCCGAAAAUCUAAUUUGAUGCAACAUGUGAGAGUUUCUCAUAGCGCUCCAAUGAAACGCAAGGCUGAAGAGCAAGGACCUGCACCUAAACGUCACAGGCCCGCACGUAGAAGUGCCCUCAAUACAUUCGCUACGGAGUUUUUCACACCCUCCCCCACGAAUGCCGCCGACCUUAAAAUGAGUUUCAAGGAACUCAAGCCACAAAUACUUGCAUUCUUGAAAGAAGAAAUGAUGGAAAAACAAUCGAUGAAGUGGAGAAUUAUCGUCAAGGCCCUUUUUUCAAGAAUUGGAUCCGACGGCGAGGAACAAAUGAAUUCAACAUAUCUUAGCUGUAAAUUCGUGACGGAACUGGUUGAAGAAACCAUUGAAAAACAUUUAGAUGAAGCCAUGGUAUGUGUUGAAAAAAAUUUAGAAGAGUUCCAGCAGCUAGGAUCUGGAUGGAUUUUAGAAGAGAUACAACAUGUGGAGAUCCCAACAGCAAAAUAUCACCCCUUGGCAGCAAGCUCAUAUAUUCCACUUCCUGGAAAACUUGCUGCCAAAAAAGCCAUACUUAAUAUUCAAAACGAGGACCAAAAAUGUUUGGUUUGGUGUCUGCUAGCAGCAAGAAUGAAUAUUGAUCGGGGAGAUCAUCCAUAUCGGGUGUCACACUACACGCAGCAUGAGCAGGAAAUAAAAUUAGGAGAGGUUCCAUGUCCCGUACCUGUGUCGAAGAUUUCAACAAUUGAAAAAUUAAAUAAUCUGAGGAUUAACAUUUAUGGUUAUGAAGAAGAGGAAGUCUUCCCGCUCCAUAUAUCCAAGCAUAAAAAUGAAGAAUCAAUAAAUCUUUUACUAAUAUCUAAUGACGUAACCCACCAUUACUGCCUCAUCAAGAAUAUGUCUCGUCUCCUCGCCGACCUCACCAAGCAUGACGGUGCACGUUUUUACUGUGAGAGAUGUUUACAUCGUUUCUCGCAGAAAAAACUUCUGGAAGAUCAUUUGAAGUAUUGCAGUGAACAUUCUCCACAGAACAUUAAGAUGCCGAAAAACAUACAGCAUGCGGCUAUGGCUAUGUCAUCGUGGGACCUGAUGGGAAAUGCAUCAAGCCGAUACAAAUAUACAGAGGACCGGAGGCAUCACAUCAUUUUUUAA